UCUCUCUCUCUCUCUCUCUCUCUUCCCCGCCUCCUCUUUAGCCUGCUGCUAUCUGAUCUACGAUAUGUGAUCUCUCGGAUAAAACAACACACUUCCAAGCCACGCACGCACGCUCCAUCUCUUCAACACACGGGUACUGCUACUGAACAGCGGCGGCGGCGAAAAAUGCCGUUCUCCUAGCAGCAGCAGCUUCCCCCCACCUUGGCUUGCGCCUGACGAUGUGGCCAUGUCCCCCUCUCUGCUGCCUACCUCCUUGCUCUUUCUAUGCCUGCUCUUCUUACCCUCGGGGCACCUCUGUCCCUCCGUCUGUAGCUGCAUGGACUACCACACCAUCGACUGCCGGGACCAAGGGCUUCCCCGAGUCCCCAGCCCGUUCCCUCUGGACGUGCGGAAACUUCUCAUCGCCGACAACAACAUCCAGGAGAUCCCGGGAGACUUCUUCAUCUUCUACAGCGACCUGGUCUACCUGGACUUCAGGAACAACUCCAUCGCCACCCUGCAGGACGGCACCUUCAGCAGCUCCAGCAAGCUUGUCUACUUGGAUUUGAGCUACAACAACUUGACGCAGCUGGAUGCCGGCAUCUUCAAGUCGGCAGAGAAGUUAAUCAAGCUGAGCCUGGGGAACAAUAACCUGGCAGAGGUGGACGAGGCCGCUUUCGAGAGCCUGAAGCAGCUCCAGGUCCUGGAGCUGAACGACAACAACUUGCAGACGUUGAAUGUGGCCACCUUUGACGCGUUGCCCAACCUCCGGACCAUCCGCUUGGAGGGCAACCCUUGGCUUUGUGAUUGUGACUUUGCCAGCCUCUUCAGCUGGCUGGAGGCUAAUGCGCCCAAGCUCCAGAAAGGUCUUGAUGAAAUCCAGUGUACUGUCCCUGUGGAAGACAUCACCGUCUUUCUCAGUGAAUUAUCAGAGGCCAGUUUCAGGGACUGCAAAUUUAGUUUGUCACUCACAGACCUUAUAAUCAUAAUCUUCUCUGGCGUCGCCGUCUCCAUCGCUGCUAUCGUGUCAAGCUUCGUUUUGGCGCUGAUUGUGAACUGCUUCCAAAGAUGUGCACCCAGUAAGGAUGAUGAUGAAGACGAAGAUGAUGAUGACUGAACCCCCUUCUCUUGGCAUGUCACGGAAUAAGUCCAAAGACCAGGGUAGGAAGAGACAACAACCGUUUAAAAGUGCAUCGCAACGAAACAAAUGUCUAAGGGCUCAGUACUCCUAUCGAAGUCUCAGUGGUAUUUUCCCAUUUAUAUAUCCCUGGGAAAUGCUUUAAGUUUUAUGGAACCUUUCCUGGUUUGAUCUCUUGAUCCAAUCCAGAGUUUAAAAUUAAUCUUAAAAUAGAUUCACUAGGAGGGAAGAAAAUAAAGAUCAGAGAUCGCCAAUAUUGGAGAAGGCUAGGAUUUCUUUCUGGCCUCUCUCUCUCUCUCUCUCUCUCUCUGGGUUUUAUUUUUUAAUAGUCUUUAUUUUAGAUUUUUUUUCACAAUGUUUUUAAAGGAAUAAAGACAGCCAUCUGUUGGAGAUGUUCCAGUUCUGGAUUUCCUGCAUCAAACAGUUAGCCUCGAUGACCUUCAAAGGAUCCUCUAGCUCUGAGUUUCUAUCAUUCUAUGAUUAUGUGAGAUGAAAUUUCAGAUAGCAGAGUUAUUUCGAUUAACAGAUGAGCAGCAAGGAAGAGAAGCAAAACAUUGUUAGCCC